AAGCUUUGAGCCUAUGGAGGGCGCCCAUACACCGGAAGAUCUUUUGUCGCCCUCCAAACGGCCGUGUUCUAGUUUCUCUGAAUCAAACAAACGUAAAGAAAUACCUAAUAUUACAGAAGAUUCAGCAAAUAUAUCGGAAAAAAUAGAUUCAUCUUUAUGUACGCAUGAUUCUGCAGGUAGAAUAGACGUAGCAGGUGGAUACAUUACGCAUGCACAAUAUGAAAAUAAUAUACGAAAUAUACAAGGAGAUCGUGCAACACGUAGUUUACGGUCGUCUUUAUUGAAUCCAACAAGUACAUAUAAUACAUUUGAUACAUUGAAUUCAUACAAUUCGAUGUAUACUAGUCAAUGCAAAAGCGCAUAUACAACGCAUAUAUCCCGACAAAUGGGUAGUACAGAGAUGCAGAAUCCAGGAAUUGGUAUUAGCAUGCCAUAUAAUAUACCGAAUACGCUUUCAACAGAAUUGGAUGAUAUUAUUAAUUCUAAUAUUAUAUCUGGGAAAUCUAAUAAAUUAUUUUCUAAGAAAAAAGCAGAAGAAAAUGAAGAAAAAAUGCAUGAAAAUCUUUAUGAUAUUACGAAGAAUUCGUAUUCUGAAAAUGUUGCUAUUGAAACACCAUUUUCUCCGAAUUUAAAGGAUUUAUUUGAACAUGAAACAAAAAAUAAAUUAGAUAAAGUUUCUCCAAGUUGGUCUGAACAAAAGGCAAUAAUAGAGCCUUUACUUUCAAGAUUUAUUGAUUAUGAUGUAUCUUUUUGCAUAGAAGCCUCGUGGAUGAUGAAUUAUCGUCAUUUUCUUGAAGGGCUUCAAGAAAUAAUUGGGCCGAUAGAUCAGACGAGUUUAAUAGAAGGAAAUAAGUUGAAGCAUGGGCUUGUUGAGGGUAAAGAUUAUGUAUUGGUGUCGGGUGAAGUAUGGAAGUAUCUUUCUAUUUGGUUUGGAGUUAAAGGAUAUGCUAUUAGGAAAACUGUAACUGGAAUAUAUUUAGAUAUAGAAGAAAAUAAAGAUGUAAAAGCAACAGCAGAUAUAGCAACAUCAGGAAUAUCAGAAAAAGGGCUAACCGUUGAUACUAACACGUGUUUAUAUACUUUUCGACUAGUUCAAAUGAGAAGAAAUACAGAAGAAACAGCAAAUGAUGGUAGUGAUAAUACUACAGCGUUAGAAGUACCGUCUCCUACUAGUGCGACAGCUGGAAACCUUUCUGAAUAUUCUACAGUUAUAACAAAUUCGGAAACUCUAGAUGCAUUAGAUGAUGAUUUAGCGCCUGCUUCAUCGGAACAUAUAUCAAUAUCAGAAAAAGUAUCUAUAGAUGAUAUAAUGCCUAUUGAAUCAUCUGUAACAUCACCUAUUGAUGUUUUAGCAACGCAAAUUUCAAUAAAUGGCAAUUCAACUGUAAGAACUUUGUUACAAGUCAUUAAACAGGUAUUGGGACUUGCGUCUACGCAACCAAUUCGAUUAUGGCAUGAGAGAAAACCAAUUAUAACUCCUUGGAUGGCCUUACCAUUAGAAAUGACAGUUAAAACUCUUGAAUUGCCAUUGUUUUCAGAACUUGUUGUUGAAACAAUGGAUAUUGCAUCUUUUCAAGGAUCCGCUUCUUCAUUAGCACCUUUUCUUGAUACCGAUUAUAAAAAACAAGAUUUCAAACGAACAAAUUUAUUUGAUAAAUCAUCAAAAUUAAAAGCGAUUGGCUUACAAAAUCUUGGCAAUAGUUGUUAUAUGAAUGCUGCAUUACAAUGUCUUAUGCAUACAUCGGAAUUAACAACAUAUUUUCUUUCCGGUGUUUAUCAUUCUGAAAUAAAUUCAACUAAUCCAUUAGGAACAGGCGGACAAAUAGCAAAAUCUUAUGCAACUUUACUAAACAACCUAGUACAUGCUACAACAUCUUUUUCACCAAAGGCCUUUAAGAAUUGUAUUGGACGUUUUAAUCCUUCGUUUGCAGGAUACGCACAGCAAGAUAGUCAGGAAUUACUUGCUUUUUUGCUUGAUGGAAUGCAUGAAGAUCUUAAUCGUAUUAAAAGGAAACCGUAUUUUGAAAAACCAACACUUGGCGACAUAAAUGAUGCGUUAAUUGCGAAAACAGCUGAUAUUUGUUGGCAACUUCAUCGAAAACGAAAUGACUCGGUUAUUGUAGAUUUGUUUCAUGGAUUAUAUAAAAGCGUUUUGGUUUGUCCGGUUUGCGAUCAAGUAUCAAUCACGUUUGACCCAUUUAUGGAUCUCACUUUACCUUUACCAUUUAAAAAUCGAUGGACUUAUCCCGUUACAGUUAUACCUUCAGAUAUUAAUAAAAAACAAAUCCAUAUAACUGUAGAAUUAGAUGCAUCGUCAACAAUUGCUUCGAUGAAAGCCUAUGUUGCAUCUAAACUUGGUAUGGAUCCACAUGCGCUGACUUCAUCUGAAAUUUAUGCAUAUAAAUUUUAUAGGCAUCAUGCAGACACUAGCAUUGUUAGUACACAGUUAUCACCUCAUGAUCAAGUUUAUCUUUAUGAAAUGCCAUGUCCUAUAUCAGACUUUGUAACAAAUCGAUCUAAAAUUAUUAUACCUAUUUUCCACCAAAGGAUAGAAAAAUUAUAUCAUCAUCCAGUUGCAUUCGGUAUACCCUUUUUUAUUCUUUUAACACAUGAAGAAGCAUGUUCUUAUGAUGUUAUUGUUAAAAAAAUUGCUGAAAAAUAUAAACAAUUUGUCGGUUCAAAAAAAGUAUUACUGAAUCAGACACAAGAAACGAUUCAAACAGAUUAUGAAGUAGCAACUACUAAGUUUUCUCAACCUGUAGAAAAUGUUUUGAAAAAAGAACUGGAUCUUCAUGAAGAUGUUUUUGAUUUAAAAUAUUUUUCAUCCCGUCAUUCUGUUCUUCCUACGGGCUGGUCAGUACCAAUGGAUCAUUUGCCAAGAUUAAAAACAAGAUUCGGAAAAGACACAAACAGUGAUAGAUUUUUUGAUGAAGAUGACACUCUAUUGACGGCAGAAUCUGAAGAAGAACCCUUUUCUCAUGGAACACCGAUUUCAUUAGAUGAUAUUGUAGAAGAUAGUGACUUUUCUAUUACUAAAGACUCAAGUGAUGAUGAACUUUUGCCUGUAAAUUCGAAUGUAGAAAAAACAUGCCAAGUUUCCCCAAAACAAGGGAAUGGGCCACAUUUAUCUUCUGAUUUGAAUAUUCAUGAAAAUAAAUCGCUUAGAAAUAAAGCUUUCAUUCAUCAAGGAGAAGCAAUUGUCUGUGAAUGGCCUGCUGAUAAUUAUAUAUCUAUUUUUUCAAAUGAAACAGAAAAUGGCUUAAGAAACAGUAAUGUAUGGGAUGACGUAAAAAAAUAUGAAGAUCCUCUGCUUAAUAAUUAUGAAACAUCGACAAUCCAUUUAGAUGAUUGUCUCGAUUUGUUUGCAAAGAAAGAACAACUAGGAGAAGACGAUCUUUGGUAUUGUCCGAAUUGCAAAGAACAUCGACGAGCAACAAAACAACUGGAGAUAUGGAAAUCGCCAGAUAUUCUUGUUAUCCAUUUGAAAAGAUUCUCAAACUCUAGAAAUUUAAGAGAUAAAAUAGAUGUUCUUGUUGAUUUUCCUCUAAAAGGGCUUGAUCUUUCAGAGCGGGUGGCAGAGUAUAAAAAUGGAUUUAAUCUAACUAACGAUUCUCAAAUAUAUGAUCUUUACGCUGUCAGCAACCAUUUCGGAGGAUUAGGUGGAGGCCAUUAUACAGCUUAUGUUGCUUUGGAAAAUGGCCAUUUUUAUCAUUUUGACGAUUCUUUGGUCGUACAAAUUCAUGAAUCACAAAUUGUUACGCCCGCGGCAUAUCUAUUAUUUUAUCGUAGAAGAACAGAUAAAGUACUUGGGGAAUCAACCAUGAUAAAAAUUACAGAAUAUAUAUCUAAAAUAUCUACUGAAUCAUAUGAUAAAAUGAAUGUUACAUCUUCAUUAAAUAAAGUUUCGGAUUUAAGUAUGUCAGAUGAAAAAUCUAUUUUGGAUCCUUAUAAUAUUUCAAUGCCAAAUACGUUAUCCAUGACACAUAUUGAUUUAUCAAUAAGAACACCAGAUGACAGUAUAAAUUCCAACUCUCAAGACUCAGAAGAAUCGGAAAAAAUAUUAUUCAACGAUGGCUUUAACUAAUAAUAAUAGAGA